AUGGAAAGCUACCACUUGCUGAUGGAAUCCUAUGCGUUGGACGCUGGCAUAGCAUUACACUGCCGCAUGGGCGCUGCUACGGUCUUUUACAGACAGGGGCGGCUCUAUCUUGGUCUAGGCUACCUGCAGCGAGCGGCCAACUUGUUCCAGCUUGCGAUGAGCAUGUUUUGGGACGCUUCGCGCGCUGAGAAUGGCAUGGCCUGCCUGCAGUAUGAGAUGUGGGGCAUCAGGUGGUUUGAAGAUUUCAUGGAAACCUACCUGACUAACGCUGCCAACCUGCGACGAAACGACUUGGCCAUGCUGCCGCACCUAUCCGACCUGCAGGUGCCUCCCAGUUAUCGGGAUCCUUCCCUGCGCAUUGCGGUUUUCUCUCUGUGUGACUACUCGCCGGAGUCUCCCAUGUACUGGCUGCUGGCCCGGUCACGUCAGAACCGGGAAGCAUACUGCUCGCGGCACGGCUAUGGCUUGGAGUGGACGUCACAGAGGCCCUCAUCUUCCAAGGACCGGCAUCCGGUGUGGGGCCAAAUCGCUGGGCCUCUGGAGCUGUUGGCUGGUGGGAAGUAUGACUGGAUUCUGUCCAUGGACUGCGACUCCUUAUUCGUGGACAUGACAGUUACAGUGGACUCCCUGCUUUACCGCUUCGCCUCGCGAGCCACGCCAUGGGGAAAACUUGAGAUUGAUCCGGACGUGCAUUUCCUCAUUUCGGAGGAUGGCCGUGGAUUAGCCGGUGGAAACUGGAUCGUGCGCAACUCCCAAGAAGGCCGGGCCUUCCUUCAGGGGAUCUUUGGGCCUGACGAUGCCAAUGGCAAUCCCUAUUUGAGGCCUGUUUGCAAUUUGCAAGUCCCUGGCAGGGCUACCUGA